AUGAAUCCUCAUGUCCUGGUAUUUAUUAAGGCUGGCAGUGAUGGGGAAAGCAUAGGAAACUGUCCUUUUUCUCAGAGGCUCUUCAUGAUUCUUUGGCUGAAGGGAGUGGUGUUCAGCGUCACAACAGUUGACCUGAAGAGAAAACCAGCAGACCUUCAAAAUUUGGCUCCGGGCACUCAUCCGCCCUUCAUAACCUACAAUGGUGAAGUGAAAACAGAUGUGAAUAAGAUUGAAGAGUUCCUGGAAGAUGUUUUGGCUCCACCCAAGUACCUAAAACUUUCACCAAAGCAUCCAGAGUCAAACACUGCUGGAAUGGAUAUAUUUGCCAAAUUUUCUGCGUUUAUCAAAAACUCUAGACCAGAAGCUAAUGAAGCCUUAGAACGUGGCCUCUUGAAAACCCUCCAGAAACUGGAUGAGUAUCUCAACUCUCCUCUUCCUGAUGAGAUAGAUGAAAAUAGCAUGGAGGAUAUUGCAGUUUCUACCCGCAAGUUUUUGGAUGGCAAUGAGAUGACGUUAGCAGACUGCAACCUGCUGCCCAAACUACACAUUGUCAAGGUCGUGGCCAAAAAGUACCGCAACUUUGAGAUUCCCAAGGAAAUGACAGGGGUUUGGAGAUACCUGACGAAUGCUUACAGCAGGGAUGAAUUCACCAAUACCUGUCCUGGAGACAAAGAAAUUGAAAUCGCUUACAGCGACGUAGCCAAGAGACUCACUAAGUAAACAGCACUUGCAGAGAGAUGACUUCUUGCAUAUUCCAUAACAAUGCUUCUAACAGACUGCUCUUUUCAUAUAAGAUAGCAAUUUUUUUUUGCAUGAACUUGCAGUUAUUCAAAGUUAUGGUGGAUAGACCAGGUACAGUAAUUACCUAAAGUUUGCAGACUU